UUGAAGUGUGGCUCACGCGCUGUGUUGGAGGGUGUAUAAAGUGCGGCGUUUUCAACCAUUUACCUAUUUUCUUUGUCUGAAAUAGAUAUAUGAUACACAUUUAAUCGUAGUUUCUAAGAUGUCUGGAGCAGACUGGACCUUGAACGAAAUCCGAGGUGCUGUUGAUUCCUGUUUAAAUUUUGAUAUGGAACCCCCACCUUCUGGCCAGUCAGGUGCUUUACACCCUCAAGACCACUCCCUCUGCAGCCUGACCACUGUGUUUGACCUUACAAGGAAAGGGGAAGAAAGUCUGCUGAAAACCAAUGCCAUGGAGACUCUGCAUGUGGUCAAAGGGCCCAGCUGGUACAGCAUCAAUCCUGUGACUAGCAAGGGACUAGUGUUUCCAGAAAAUGACUCCGAUCAUACACCCCGGCCUAGUGAGCAGAUCCAGCCAGACGAUGCCUUUUCCGACACAACCGUCACACUGUCUUAUGUGAACAGGUCUCAUGUUUUCUCUUCCCGUGAUUCCCUUUCACAGCUUCACCCACUCUGUGGUGUUUCGUCCAUCAGUAGAAAACUGUCCUGCCACUCCUCUUCCUUUGAAACAGACCCAGUGCUAACAGAAGCUGGUAGAGGGGAUCUUUGCAUGGAGGUUAGCCAGGAUUCCCUCUCACAUGCCACUAGGCCUGUUGGACUGGCAUCAGAGUCCAGUCUUUUAGAGACUGAGGAGGAGCCUCAGCUUUUUGAGAGUGUAACAGGGACCCACUUAGUGCAGCAAGCUGUUGAGGUGAAUGGAAAGCAAGCUGCCAGUCCUUGGGGCAUGGACAAUAUUGAGCUUGGUCACAGAGACAGCUCCAAGAAAUGCAUGUCAUCUCAGGAAAAGGACAAAGAUGGUUGUGUGCAAAAUGGUGUGGGUGGAAGUCCAUGGAUUCUCAGAUCGCAUGAGGAAAAAUCCUCAGGGAGCCUGAACACAGGUCCAGGAGUCCAGAAGAAGUGUGACUCUGAAGUGCUUUUAUUGAUUUCUAGAACUGAUGAUCCAAUCUUUUUGCAGGACAGCCAAGGUCCUAGACACUUUUUGUGCAGCUCCUUAAAUGGAGACUAUGUUAGUCCGUUAGAAGAUCCUCUAUCCCCCUCUACUACCUCAAUGGAUGACAUGGAAGAUGUUUUCAUUUUGCCUCAGACACUAAAUUCUCCUAGCGGAGAAAAUUCCUUCACAGAUGAAGCAGCAAACGCCACCAGGGAGAAUCCAGUGAAUGGGGGACCUAGUUCUGAUCUUUCUGUAACGGAGUCAAGUCUUACAUCUGUAGUAGGGGCAAGUUCCCUGCCGAGCGACUGCAGUGAUGAUGAUGAUGAUGAUGAUGUCAUAGAAAUACCCAUCAGUAGAAAUGAAAUAAACACGGUGCCCUCAGCUGUGCCAAAACCAUAUGUGGAAUCACCGAAGAUGGGUGAUGGUGUGCCCGAUUGUAAAGAAAGCGUUUCAGUCAUGGAGGAAAAGGUGAGGACCCCUGAUCUUCUCAAUGGGAAUGCACAGGAGGAUGGCAGCAGGUUCGAAAGGAAAAAACUUCCACCUCGCUCCGGGAGGGGGAUGAGGUUAGAGGCUAUUGUUCAGAACAUCACCCCUUCCAGGUAUAAAGUGACAAGCAGUGCCCAUUCCACAAAGAAACACUGCAGUCCUAAAACUCAGACCAAUGAAACGCAUCAAGCAAAUGUAGGCCCAGGCAUCUUUAAAUCUGUAGGCAGCCAAAACCAUAAAGAAAAAAUAUACAGUCCAGAGAAGCAGCCCACUGUAAAGACCUCAUCCUUGCAAGAGGAUACAGGUAACAUUUAUCCAGACCAUUGCAGCAACAAGAAGUCUACCUCAGGUUCUGAACACGCAAGCAUUUCCAAACCUCAACACGGCAGCACAUCCCCAAAGCCAUCUAAACCACGCGACUCUAAUGUGAAGGGAACGGAAAAGGGACCGUCCUGCAGUUCACCAGCUAAGUGCUCUCAGAGAGCACUGCCUGUGCCAAAAGUGUGUCAGAAAAGCCCCACCAAGCAGCUCAGGGCAUCCGCAAGCGGCAAAUCCACGUGCACUGCCAAGAAAACCCAUAAAGCCAAGAGGAAGCAAAGAAAAUGCAACGCCAGGCAGUCUUGCAUGUUUUCCCCAAAAGAACCGGAAAUCAAGCUGAAGUACGUGAACUACAAGGAAGAGCGAAGGGAUAAGUCGGAAGGGUUCUCUCCGUUUGUACGCCUGGAGGUCAAGGAGCACUCCACCUGCACUGUCAUCAACUACCCUGAGGAGGAGAAUGUCCGGCUGAAGAAAGGCCAGCAGCAGGCGGGCGGCAGCGGCUUCGUUCCUGGGGCCAUUCCCUCCACCUCGUGUUUACAGCUGGGUCGCCUCAGCACGGAGAGCAAACGGCAGAGCUCUCUGGUCUGCUGCCUGUGCGGCCAGUCGGCCAAUUCCUUAGACCUGGGGGACCUGCACGGACCUUACUAUCCUGACAGCUUCAAACCCGCCCUCAAGGCCCACCCCAGCCUGCAGGGCCUGAAGGGAGAGGAGGAUGACAGUGACUCAGACUCGCUGUCCAGCGUGCUGGGCGGGAAGCGCGCCCACGCUGCCGGCUCCUUGCCCCAGAGGCCACGGCACAGGCUUGAACGGGCGGCUCUGCUUGGGGCAUGCCGCAAAUGGGGCAGUGACAGUGACGGCUCACAGAGCCCCUUGGCCAAGAAGCCCCGGGCAGAAUCUGCUCCAGACGACUGGUACAGCCCCCCCGUCGUGCCCUUAGACACCGGCGAAUACUGGCUUCACGAGGACUGCGGCGUAUGGUCGGCUGGUGUCUUUCUGGUCAAAGGAAAGCUCUAUGGGCUGGAAGAAGCUGUACGGUUGGCAAAAGAGACCGUUUGUUCCAUAUGCCAUUCAGUGGGCGCAACGCUGGGGUGCCUUUUCAAAGGAUGCCCUAAUAAAUAUCACUACGCCUGUGCAGUGCAGUCAGGCUGUGUACUCAAUGAAGACAACUUCUCCAUGAAAUGUACAAAGCACAAGAAUAAGUCGGUCAGAGCCUCUGUGAAAACACAGGACAACAGGUGACAGGAGAGGUGGAGGUGCUCUGGAAGAUGAACUCCAUCUCUGGCGGUCUGCUGGCGGACUCCUCAAGUGAGUCCCACAACCUUGAUGAUACUGGAAGAAUGUCAUUCGGUUUGGCAGCAAGGCUCAGCUGAAUGCAAACACCCACAAACCUUAAUUCAGAUGUUUGCUUUGUUUCGUUUUUUUCUUAUCAAAUCUACUAUUUAUGUACACAACUUUCUGCUUCAGCAGAGCAGGACCUAGAUUUUCACCGCUGUCUUUAGUCCUCACUGAAAUGUCUACCCACAUUGAUGUCGUCUUGGAUGGUGCCGCUGCUGCCUGUAGCAGGGGAUGAGGUUUGAAUGAAGAUGGGCUCCUGGUCCAGCCACCCCAGAAUGGCAGAUUUUGUUUGUGUCCUUGGCCCUAAUUAAUGUAGGUGACCAAGUACAGACAAAAGCAAAUGCCAUGUUAACCGUAGUACCACGUUCAGUCUGUCAUUUCAAAAGAAAGGGCUUGUGGGUGGAAGGACAGGCUUUACAUUCAAGUUCCGAGUUUGUAUCUCAAUUGGACAAAUUCUAUUUUCCUAGUUUUUGAUGAGCUGCCAGCAAUUUAUAUUUUAUUUUCGAUGUAAUUAUUUGCAGACAAAUUGAGGUGUAUAUAAAUAUUUUGUGUGUGCAUUUAUUUAAAAAAAGAAAAAACAUGAAGGUGAUUAUAAUGCAAUGUUAAAAUGGACGAUGGUUGGGCUGUCUCCUUUGAUGUGUUUAUAUCUUCACCUCAUGAAUGUAAUUUUUUCCCUUUGGCUACUUGGGGGAGGGGUAGCUGAAAGCACUUUGAAGAGGCACUUAAAACCUUAAGUUAUUGAAUUCCCUGUCCAGGCAGAAAAUGAGUCCCACAUCCAAUUAUUGCCUAUGGUAUGGUAUUCAGGCUGAAUUGCAUUUACAGAUUAAACUGCUUCUGGCCUUAUUUUACUUGGAUGGAGGCACAAUUACCUCUGACUGGGAAUUGAGAUAUGGGACCCCACAUUUUUGGAUAGACCUCAGCCCCUCUAUUUAUUAUCAGACAUGGUUCAAUUCAUUUGGCCACAUUCAUCUUCCGCAAAAAACAGCUUGAAUGUGCGCAAUUUCUCCCAAUCUCUUUUGGAGUCAUGAGAUAUUAACCAAGGAGUCAUCGUUUCAGAUGUAAUGCCUAAUGUUUGCCAUUGUGCGGAACUGAUGUUACAACUUGGUCUCAACAGCAAUGGAUACCCAAAGUAAAUUCCAAUUUGUCAGAAGACCGCCUUUAUUUACCACACAUGAAAUUGCACUUGUUUAAUUUGAGGUUGUAUCAGUGGUCACUAGUUAGCACUUGGUUGUUUUGAAGGCACCUGUAACCAACAGCACAAUGGGACAAUAAUUGAAGUUAUUACAAAUUCGGUGGCACACCAUUUUCCUUAACAAUGGCUACAUUUCAACAGAGACCAGUAUGUAUAAUUAGUAAAUCUGUAUGCUGUUGGUCAGCUGCAUAGAUUUAAGUGAUGGUGGCUUGCCAGGCUGUUGCAAAAGUGGUGGCAUAAAUGGGCUAUCGUAGAGAUCUUGGCUGUUUUUCUGGGAGAAUAGUGUUGCGGGCUACUGAGAGCUCAUGUUAGAUGUAGAUAAUGCUUCCAGACUCUACUUGUCUGAGACCAUCGGCCAGUUUACUAAUGAACUUGUUGGUGACUACCCAUCCCUUGGAAGGAAAUGUUCCAUGUUCCCAAUGUUUAUGGGAAAGACUGCACUUUUUAAAAUGUAUGUAUUGGUUUUUCAUUUUUGCAUAUUGGUUUCCAUAACACAGACUAGUUCUCAUAUUACAGUGGUAUACCCACAUUUUUACCAGUCACCCUUUGCAGUGAACGUCCGUAGAUAUUUUCUUAGAAUGUCUAACCAUCAUCUAAGUGGGAACCCGAAGGGUGACUAGGGUUAAUGGUUUGUCGAAACAUGUAAAAAGGUACUGCACAUCCAAGGAGAUCUGUGCAACUCGAGUGCCAUGACAGAAGCUAGUGCAAUACAUUUAAGUUAAAUAUCUAUUUUUUAUGUAUUGAAUGAUUGAAUUGCACAGCUCUCCCAACAACCCCAAUCAACAUUGUUUUGAUGAUAUAUUGUGACUUAAAAUGUAUGAGCUAAAUUUGCAUUGCAUGUUUACUUUGUUUAUAAAUGCCCCCUCCCUCCCCAGUGCUGUUCUUAUUCCUGUUGGAAUGCCAUAGGACAAUGUAUAAAAGACUCUCCAUGGUAACUCGUUGUUGCCUGUGCUCCAAGGGGGUAUUCAUACUAAUGCAUAAUGUGUAUUUAUGUAUAUUUAUGACUAUCUGCUGUGCUGUGGGAGAUAAAGAAGGGAAGCUCCUUCGCAUCUAGUGAUAUAAAAGCUGUCAAUGUCAAUUGUUAAUGUUAAGCGUUAGACAAGAGAGUGAAAUGGCGUUUUCAUUUGGGCGGUGGUGGGUGGGGUGACUGGGCUGGGCUGGGUGGGUUUUCUCAAAGGCCUCUCCUAUCACUUCUGUAUGUGUGUAUCUGUGUAGCUGUAUAUAGUCCUGUAAAGGGAUAAAACAACACAAUGACCUUGAACUGUCACAAUAAAUACUCUCAUAUUCGUACAGUACCUUCAUCUGUCCCUUUGGUCCCUUUGAUAGCUGCUUUAUGGAAUUAAGUGAUUUUCAUUCUAGAGGUGUUUUCUUCACUAGCUACUGCUUUCAGGAUAUUCAUCUGCACCCCGAUUCUGAUCUGCACAAUAAAUUAUUCAGGUCUUUCCAUUGCUAAUUGCUGCUUUUUUCCCCCCACAUUCCAGUGUCACAUAAUGAACAAUGUAGAUUUAUAGAAUAUGCCGUGUCGGCAUCAAGCACAAGAUGCAUAAAGUUUGAACUCUAGAAGUCUGAGAGGGAGAAAUGGGUGGUUGACUGUUUAUUGUCCUUAACCUGCAUGUUAGACAAUCCAGUCACGUUAUCUGGAUUCAGUCCCCGAAGGAUGGCUGACUUUAGUUGCUUUAAUUUAUGUCAUUUUAGAUGUGCUGCAGAUGAAAUGCUUAAACUGUAAAAUACUGCAAAGAGGGUAUUGGGCAUUUUCUUAGUCAUGUAUGUUAAAUUGUAUUUUGCAUUGCAAUGUAAAGUAUUGUGGAGGUCUUUGAGGUCAAAAGGUGUUUACGUCACUUUUGAUGGCAAGGUUACAUAACCUGCCCAAGAACGUGUUCACGUUUCACUUGCUGUGUUCCAUAUGUCUUAUGUCGAGUGUUGCAAUGGAAUUGAUUUAGUCUUGUAGCUGCACAGAGAAAGCGGUCCAAAUACAUUUUGUCGAAUAGAACACAUGAAUACAUCCUCGUAGAUCCUGCUUGUAGGAAUUGAGGGGUUUUCUUUUGUAUUUUGUUUAAAAUGAUGUGUGAAAUUGAUCUAUAUCUCAGGGUUGAGUCUCGGUAAUUCAAAGUGUUCUGACUGACUAGACUUCAAUUCCUCCUGCAUGUUUUAUUCUCUUCUGUUCCUUUUCUCUCAUUAAUUAGGACCAUAGUCUGACAGCAGGCAUUUGCUCACAUUCCUCCACACCUGUUUUUCCUGGAAUAGUGUUAUUUUAUAUCUGGAUAAACAGCUAUCAGUAUGGAUUUUUUAUUUUUUUUAUUUAAGCCAUUUGCACAUUUUGAUUUGUUGAAGUUAAUCAUUUCAGUCCCAAGAGUGCCAUAUGGCAUCAAGCGUAAUUACCGUAAAAUCCCAAGAAUUCCAUAUGGCACUCUCGACCUGAUACCUUUUCAACUCACCCAAAGCCAAAACGCCUUGGGAUUUGGGUGGAGCCAUUUCAUAUUGAGCUGGGGACUGAAUGGGUUAAACUAUGCCCCGCAUUGCAUACUAUUUGCAAAGGUAAGUGUUAAGUAUGUGUAGCACUUAUAUAAUGAAUCUAUAUGUGUCAUCAUCGUUGUGCAUCAAGUGCUCUCAUCUUGAAGCUUAUGACUGAAGGCGAUUCUUAUAACUCGGCAACAACUGGCAUGUAGUGUUUUUUUGUAGUUGUUGAAUCAUGUCUUAAUUUGUACAAAAUAAAGUGUGUCCAACAAGAAAA